AAAACAGCUGUAAAGUCAUUCAGUCGUGUCAUUUUAUUUUCCCAUCCUCAAAAUAAUUUAAUUAUUUCUUUUUAAAACAUAUAAAGAUAACUGUAGAUCUAUGUAUUUCUUGUUUUUAUUGGAUUAAGUUAGGUAUCUUGAAGCUGCAACGUGGCAAAUACCGGAGCAAUGUCGCGACCAUAUAAAAUCCUUAAAACCGGAGAAGGCAUGUGGAGAAAGAAACAGCAAAGAAUUGACGAAUCAGAGGUCUUCAUCCUCGAUCAAAAGGAUGAUGACAGGAAUCCCCUUGUAACUGCAGAAUCUGUGGCGUCAUUAGCAGUAGAACUUGGUGAAACUACGUCAUCCGACAGUUUUCAAAACGAAGUAACACAUAAAACAAACACGUUUCUGAUUGGUCGACAAGAAGCGGAAACGGAAGUGUUCACUGAUGUCCUUGUGAGACAAAAGGGUGGUGUGGACAAAGCUCUGCUGUAUGUAAUUUCUGAUAUAAAGAUAGAAUCAAAGAUCUCAGUGCUUGGAAACAAUCUGAUAAACCGUGGUGCCAGCACAUCUACUACAGACUCUGACUUGAAGACGCCUUUGCACCAUGCUGUCACUAGAAAUUUUAAAGGUGUUGUUACAAAAUUACUAGAUAAUGAUGCUCUUCCACAAGCGCGUGACAAAAAUGGCACUUUACCUUUGAAAAUUGCCAUGGACAACAAAAAUUACGACAUGUGUGCAUUGCUGCUUGCAUAUAUGCCAAAUGCAUUCGUACGUGGUUUAUUCCUUUCGCAUGGAAAUUGUGUUUCCGAAUUUUCAAUUCAUGAUUUGCUUCGUACAGAAAUCAAUAUGCAGAAAACGAUUCUAUCAAUACUUGACUGCUUGAUAGAGACAAGAGGUUCCACCGAUAGAUUGAGAGUAUUUUACGAUCUGCUGGAAUGUGACGAAGACGGACGGACACCUACAGACAGCAAUUUCAUUGAAAAGUCAAGAUCACCGCUUCAAGUUAUUGCUAAACAGGGUAAUAAGAACAUUGUUUACCAUGACGCAGUGAGGUUGCUUACAAGAAGAAAAUGGAAGCUGUAUGCCAAAAGGAGGUUUGAACUUAAUUCUUUUCUGUAUAUCAUUGGACUGUUUUGUAUCACAUAUUCCGCUAUCGUGGCUGUGACGACACCCAAGCCUAAUGUUUAUAAAGGUCCUCUUCAAAUAUCUAGGGCUGUAUUUGAAGUGUUAUCCCUUGUUAUGGUGGCGCAAACAUUGUCUACAGAAAUUAGUCAGUUGAGACGACACAAGCUAGAAUAUUUUCAUGAUACAUUUAACUGGUUUGAACUGUCCUCGGCAAUUUUGCUGGUAUUUGUCGUCCCUUUGAGAUUUACCCACAACAAUGUACAGUGGCAUGUGUUUGCAUUUGGAUAUAUAUUUUGGACAAUAAGGAUUUUUAAAUUUGCCGCAGUAUUUAGACAAAUUGGAGCGUAUACUCAAAUAUUGGCCAGAAUUAUUGCUCAUGACUUCAUCCAGUUUGGUGUUGUGUUUUUCGUCAUCCUGCUUGCCUUUAGUGUGUCAUUCUUUCUGUUUCUGAGGGGUGAUAAAGAUCUGGAUACACAUAAUGAGACAAGCACUUUCUGGGGAAUAUUGUUUGUUGGCAUUCGGUCGUUGACAGAAGCUCAACCCGUGGUUGAUUACACUGGAGACGACGGAUAUGGGAAAAUCAGCGUUAUAUUUAUGUUAUGUUUCCUGUUCACGUGUAUCGUCAUCCUCCUCAACAUCCUCAUUGCACAGUUGACUGAUACAUAUCAGAAGGUCCAGCAGGAUGCUCAAAGAGGAUUAGAAGUCAACAGAGCAUGGAUUGUUGCCAGGGUUGAGUUAAACACUUUCUUCUUUGGAAAGAACUUUAGAAGAUUUCACUACAAGGCGUAUGAAGAUAUCGAAAAUUUAAAAGAUGUGCUUACAAAAUGGGAAUCUCCACCGCUUAAUGAAAUGAACAAGUAUGUCAAAGACAUCUGGGACACCUUAGAUAACCACAAAAUGAACCUCCUUACCAUUCAACAUAGGUUGGUUCGUCAGGAAAAUACUUUGCGAAAUAUGCAAGAUCAGUUAAGUUGCGUGGUUGCUAUGCUCAAAGCGAGUUCCUCUGAUCCAUCAGACACAGAUCUACCAUCAUCUCAGACACCGAAAUUCUGCCGAAGUGAUACAGAACAAAAUGGAUACAUUCGAACUAAUGACACAACUAAUGCUAGUACAAGAAGAAAACAUUUACAUAAAGAAAAAAGCAUUGCACUUGACGACGUUCAGGCUGUAAACGGUAUAAACAAAGACACUAGUGUAUGAAAACAAGACUCUACAGGUUUAGACGAGAACAGUUUAGUUUGUAUUUUUAAGUAGCAACAGGUCUGUUUCUGACCUCGUUGUGUAAGUCAUCUAUGCUGAAUAGUUUCAAAAAGUUAGAUCUAUAAAGACCUUUUUAUUGUUUGAAAUACAGCUUUUUAAUCAUAUCAUCGAAAUCCCUUUCAGUGAGUCAAUUAUUUGUAAAGCUUCCAAGAAAUGUAAUAAAUAGGAGGUUUUUAUACCUUUCUUACUUAGCAAGGUAGCCUAGAAAUCUACAAUUUAAUACUUUUAGUCAAGAAAUAAACUUACUUUCAAAAGUUUGAGAUCUGUCAAAGUUCGAGAAAGCUUAUGAAAUUUGAGCGGAGUUUUAAAAUGAAGAAAAGUCAAGUCUUUUGACUAUUUAUUAAAGUAAAUGUGCUACCAACAAAGUUGGACAUGUGCAUAAUGAAUAAAUAAUUUGUUGAUCACUGCAUACAUGUACUCACUUGUUCGUAAGAAUAUGCUUACAUCAGAAUAAAUUUUUGAUGUGCUUGCGUUUAA